AUGGAGGCUAACCCAAAAACUGUGUUGAGAUGUGUGGCUUUCCUAUGCAUGUUUGUGCUUUCAUUAGCAGCAUCCCCAGUACCUCCUCCUCAAGACCCUUUUCAAGAGUCUAAAUUCAAACUGCAUUUGGACGUGCAAGCUCUAAAAUGUGCCAAAAGGUGUGCCUUGGAUUGCUCUAUGAGCUUAUUCAGUCCUGUAGCAUAUACAGGCUGCUUCGGCCUUUGCAUGGCUGCCUGCAAGAUUGGUAAGCUACCUCCUGGCGGCGCGGGGCAGCAAACUGCUGACGUAAAGCCAACUGCCGCAGGCGAUCAGCCAACUCCAGCGGGCGGGCAGCCAAGUUCCGGCCUUUUUGACUGUACUCAAAAUUGUGCCAACGCUAUGAGCAAGGUCAUGACCACCAAUGCCAAACUCACAAUGGGACAAGACACAGCCAGUACUCCUGCCAAACCCCCAGCUUCUGACCUGAAACGCUACGCAGAAGGCUAUGUUGAUUCUUGCUACCUGGGUUGCUCCAAGGAUAAUAAACUUUUUUAG